AUGCAUCAGAGGAGGAGGAUCAGAGGAGGAGGAGCAGAGGAGAUGCAUCAGAGGAGGAGGAGCAGAGGAGAUGCAUCAGAGGAAGAGGAGCAGAGGAGAUUCUUCCGAGGAGGAGGAGCAGAGGAGAUGAAUCAGAGGAGGAAGAGCAGAGGAGAUGCAUCAGAGGAGGAGGAGCAGAGGAGGAGGAGCAGAGGAUAUGCAUCAGAGGAGGAGGGGCAGAGGAGAUGCAUCAGAGGAGGAGGAGCAGAGGAGAUGCAUCAGAGGAGGAGGGGCAGAGGAGAUGCAUCAGAGGAGGAGGAGCAGAGGAGAUGCAUCAGAGGAAGAGGAGCAGAGGAUAUUCUUCCGAGGAGGAGGAGCAGAGGAGAUGCAUCAGAGGAGGAGGAGCAGAGGAGAUGCAUCAGAGGAGGAGGAGCAGAGGAGAUGCAUCAGAGGAGGAGCAGAGGAGAUGCAUCAGAGGAGGAGGUGCAGAGGAGAUGCAUCCGAGGAGGAGGAGGAGCGGAGGAGAUGCAUCAGAGGAGGAGGAGCAGAGGAGAUGCAUCAGAGGAGGAGGAGAUGCAUCAGAGAAGGAGAGGAGUUGGCUCAGCUGAGGAGCAGCAGAGGAGACGAGGAGCAAGGAGCAAAGGAGCGAAGAAGCACAGUGGUGGAGUAGAUAUGUGCUGUGUUCAGAUCCUCUUUGUUGCUUUAUCUGAGAAGGAGCAGCAGCGGAGAGGAAGGAGAGGCAAGAAGAGGAAGGAGAUGGAGCAUUGGAGAGGCAUGGAGCAGAGAAGGCACGGACGGGGGAAGGCCAAAGGAGCAGAGGAGCAGAGAGCAGCACAGCUGUGCUUCCCCCCAACGCUGCUGGCCGCAUGGAGGAGAGAAGGCAUGGAGGGGAGAAAGCACGGCCCACAGGCACGGCUUGAUGGGACGGCAGCUGCUACCUUCCUCGCUCCUACCUCCCUCCCGCGUGCUGCUGCUGGUGCUGUGAAUGGUGGUGCUGCUGCUGCGUUGGGAGGUGUUGCUGCUGCUGCUGCAUUGGAGGUGGCACCCGCAGUGACACCAGCGGUGGGAGUAGGGGAGAGGCAUGCUAAGGACGCAGAGGCGAGGGAGCAGCAGACAAGAUGGAUCAGCAGUGGAGGUGCAAAGGAGACGGCUGCUACAGGCGAGCAGAGGAGACGGCUGGACUGCCAUGAGCGGGCCUGCGAGCUGUACCUACCUUUAGCUACCUUUGGCUACCUUUUUCUCCCAAGGAGGUGUGAAGGGGAUGAAGCAGCUGUGAAGGGGAUGAAGCAGCUGUGA